AAAUGUCAGCUACAGCGUCCAAUAAACUGUCUGUUUGCAUUUAAUUUCUUUAACGUUUGCACAUUACUGCAAAAUAAAUUUUAUCCCUUUUUCCGUUAGUCCUUUUCUGGUAAGUUCGAAAGGAGAUUUGAACUGCGGAAACAAAACCUUUGACAAUGAAUUUUUCGAAGAAAGCGCGUGCGAGAUGUUGUGUUUUGUUUUGACAAAACUGUUUUCCUAUUGGUUAAUUUGUGGGUGACGUAAAUGCCAUUAUGACCAAAACAGAAACAACUCGCGCGUGACAGGAAAUUUAUGGGAGACAAAGUCGAUUUGCGGUGCCAACCGUGGCCUUUUCCUUCGCCAAUGUUUUUAUUAUGUAGGUGAUUUCGAUGGCAGGAUCCACGUUAGAAGAAGGAGCUCAGAAACACCAGAAGGUUUACAGCUUUUUGAAGCGCGUGCUGCCUCAAGACCGUUACGAAGGCAUUCGAGUGAUCGAACCAUGCGUUGUUGUUGCAGAUGGUUUUAAAAAGACUUUUCAAUUCGCUGUUCUCGGCGACGAAAUGCUUUACAUCACUGAAAAUCCUCCGAGGACCUCGAAAGAUAUCAGGCUAGGUGUGGAUUUAGCUUGCGUUACAUCUGUAAGGCUGAUUCAUGAUGUUGCAGAAUUUCUUGGAGGAGAUCUGAAGACCAAAAACCAACACAUUCUGAUAGUUUACAAAAAGAUUUUUAAGCAAAUGGGAUCAAGCCAAUCAAUAGCCAUUUCACCUUGUGAAAACAAUUCAGCAUUAAAGUUAGCUCUACAAUCAUCUUCCAUUCUCAGUACUUCUCCAGUUUUAAGAGUGGGUUCGACACCCCAAGUGGUAGGUAACCUUAAAUCUGAGACCUCUAUGGGACGUGUAGAAAGCCAGCCAGUCACAACGCAGCAUCUGUCAGUACAGACAAACAGACUUCAUUUAAGUGCCUCAGACCCUGAUCUCCGACUUCUGAGGCAUGAACGCAGCAGCAAAUUGUAUUCAGGGUCAGCUAGUAAUAUUGGAGCUGUUUCUGCAUCUCCUCGGAGCAGGCGACCCCUUCCGCCACCUCCUCCUGGUCAUGAAACAAUGAUCGUGCAGUCUAGCUCAAGCGCAAGACUGAGAUCAGGAAGUGUUGGUCAGCAACGAAGAAAGAAACUGUCAGCUUCACAGCAGAAAAGAACUAACAAUGACUAUGAUGAAUUAAAUUGUAGCUCUAGCAGUAGUGAACUUGAAAUUUCUUACCAGGAUUCAUCAACUAGUUUUAACAGACAAAAGUCAGUGGAUUCUAGUGGUCCAUAUGGGAGGGGUCGUUAUGGAAGUGACAGUAAUGGCUCUGUAGACAGUGGGGAAGAGUUGGACUAUAAUUCUGAUGAUGGAGGCAAUGAUUCUGCUGACAAGAAACUUGAAUUGAUGGAAAUGGACUUAUACAUCCUCUCAGAAAAAUCACCAAUGUAUAUGCAUCUUAAAAGCACCUGGAACAAUUGCAUUUUGGUAAGUUCUUUCUUUUUUCCAUUUUAGUAAGC